AUGAAGUUCUCUCUGCUCGCCCGCGCUUUUUCUACGGCACUGUUGGUUGGUGCUCAAGAGGAUGAGGCCAGGAAAGGAAGUUCAAAAUGGGAGUCGGCAGCGUCAAGGGUCUUGUCCAGGCAGCUGCAACGCUCAAUCACCACAAAUGGCUUGAUGGAAAACCUCCAGAAGCUAGAUGACAUCGCCAAGGCAAAUGGUGGCAACCGCGCCUUUGGCCUUCCCGGCUACGAUGCAUCUAGAGAUUUUGUUCUCUCAAGAGUCGGCAAGUCUCGCUCCUGGAAAUCAUGGACUCAGGAAUUCCCAGCGCUGUAUAACGAUGUCGUUUCAAUCACAUUCCGCAUCGGCGAGACCGAGUAUUACGUGUUUGGACCAACUUAUUCUCCUUCGACAAGUCCGGAAGGUCUCACCGCACCGCUCGUUCUCGGUCCAAAUGGCACGACUGCAUGCACUGUAGAGGGCUAUAGCGGUUUGGACGUGACAGACAAGAUGGUGCUCGUUCAAAGAGGAACUUGUCCAGAUGGCUCUACAAUUGCAGGCCGAAUCCGUGCUGCUGUGGCAGCUGGAGCAAACAGUGUGAUCUUGUACAACAAUGUUCCUACCAAAGUUACAGGCGGAACUCUUUCUCGACCAGAUCCCGUUGGCUUCCGACCAAGCGGAUUCAUCAACCAGGACGAUGGCGAGGCUCUCAAAGCACGUCUUGAAGCAGGAGAGGAGCUUGAAGGCUACCUCCAGCACACCCAAACCAUUGAGGAGAGGAUCACUCAAAAUGUUUUCGCAGAAUCGAAGGGCGGUGACCCUCGGAACGUGAUUAUGAUGGGAGCUCACUUGGACUCCGUCAAAGCCGGUGCUGGCAUCAACGAUGAUGGAAGCGGUUCCUCUCUGCUCCUUGAGAUUUUCGAUGGUCUGCAGCGUGCUGGUUUCCGUAACAAGAUCCGCCUGGCAUGGUGGGGAGCUGAGGAGAACGGAUUGGUUGGAAGCAGAUUCUACACUGCUGGAAUAAACAACACCAAAGAGGCCGACAACCUUGUGACAUACCUCAACUUCGACAUGGUCUCACGAGGCUACUACGGCGUCUUCGAUGGCGACGGAAGCACUCACGGGACAGCUGGCGCGCCAGGUUCAGAUGUCAUCGAAAAGCUAUUCGUCGAUCACCUCACAGCACAAGGCUUCAACGUAACCCCUGCAGUUUUCACUGGUGGCAGUGACUAUGCGAGCUUUAUGUCUACGCUCAACAAGCCAGUCGGGGGUCUGCACACCGGAACUGGAGUGGACCAGGACGCUUGCUACCACCAAGAGUGUGACGUUUACGACAACGCAAACCCAGCGCAAUUGACGACCAAUGCUCGAGCAGCUGCGCAUGUCCUGGCAACGCUUGCCAUGGAGGGGCACAAGAUCAUUCCAAAGGGACCAAAGAAGGCGACCAGAGAUGUGCCCGCUCCUGUAAUCAUGGAGCGCGCCAUGCUUGGUGCCAUGGAAGACCACGAAUUGUUCGGCUUCCCAGAAGUCGAGGGCGAGAGACACACUGGAUGCGGACAUGAUAUCUAG